AACCCUAACUCUUCCUGCCUUUCCCCCGCCGCCGUCCACCUGCCAACAAUGACGACUCGAUUCAAGAAGACCAGGAAGAGCAGGGGCCACGUGAGCGCCGGCCACGGCCGUAUCGGGAAACACCGCAAACACCCAGGAGGACGAGGAAACGCCGGAGGAAUGCACCACCAUCGAAUCCUCUUCGACAAAUACCACCCUGGAUACUUCGGCAAGGUCGGAAUGAGGUAUUUUCACAAGCUCCGUAAUAAAUUCCAUUGUCCGAUCGUCAACAUCGAUAAGCUCUGGUCACUUGUCCCAUCCGACCUGAAAGAAAAAGCGGUCUCCGAGGGUAAAUCAGGAAAUGCGCCUCUGAUUGACGUCACCCAGUUUGGCUAUUUUAAGGUUUUGGGUAAAGGAGUCUUGCCGGAGAAUCAACCUGUGGUAGUUAAGGCUAAGCUUGUUUCUAAGACUGCUGAGAAGAAAAUUAAGGAGGCCGGUGGUGCUGUAUUGCUUACUGCUUAGAUUGAUUUAAAUCUCGAUUUAGUUUAAGUUUUGGAUACUAAUUUUGGGUUUAGAUAAAUGUUGGAAUACUUUGAGGAUUCGAAUUUUGUUCUGUUGAAUUGCUUAUCUGGAUACUGUUACUAUUAUGGUCUAAAUUUGGUUAAUCCCACAUUUUGCACUUUUUACAUUAA